AGAAGCGUCAGUGUUUUCAUAGCGUGUGGAUGAAGCUCUGCGUUCGUGUUUACACACCAAAACUCUCUGUCAGUCAGAGUCUUGCGAAGCAGCGAGGCAGAUUCAGUUUUUCCAAGGAGCCUCGUUAUCUGAUGAGCUGACAGAACUGGAAAUCACUCAGAGCUCAGAAUUAUAACUGGUAUGUCACUGUAUCUGUGCAUUUCGCUUUGUCUCAGGUCGGUUUUGUUUGCUGUUUUGUCAGCAGUAAGUGCUUUUGUUAUAUAGUGGAUGAGUUCUGGCUUUUAGGUUAUAUCAGGAACAGCAUCUGUGUCCCCUCUCUCUGAAUCUAUUCACCUAAAUCUAUUAACUUUUGGCUGCCAUGACCUUAGAAGAGAGUAACAUGGAACAGUCCAAGUCUUCUAAGAAGAAGAGGCGUAAUUCUGGACACAGUCAGGUAAAGAGAGUGAUCUGGGAAGCAUGAGCAAUACACCUCAGUUCCAUUUGAUUCUGCUUGCUUAAUGAGAAUACUUUUAAAGUAAAAUACUUGUAUUUUAGUUUGUUCGUUCCUGUAUCUGAAGCGUGAACAAAUGAUUUACUAGCUCACAUAAAAAAUUAUUUCUUCAGAAUAUUAAACAAAUGUGUAAGAUGAAGAAAACUGACUACAGAUGAGAAGAUGCUGGCUGACACAUACUGUCAGACAGUGAUGAUGAAGCUUAAAAUAGAGGAAAACACUGUUGAAGUUCUGACCAACAGCAAAAGCAGUCAAACUGAGACUGGAAACAACUUAAACCAGCCAACUCUGAUGGGUCCAAAGCCUGCUAACACAACCCUAGUGCAUUUUACUGAACUUGGAGAUCCACCCCUGCUUUGGCAGCCACAGCAUUCCACUAUGACUGGAAUUCAGCAAAUCAUUGAUUGUUUUUCGCUCAGGAAGUUCUACUGCUUGUCCAAGCAACCUGAACCAGAUGACCCCUCACAGGUUAUGAAAGAUCUUCUAGAGGCUGUUUUCCCACAAGCACAUCAGGAGGAGAUGUCACCUGUGAGAGAAAUCCCCAAUCCUGUGUACCAGGACCAUCCUAAUUCUCACCAGCAAAACUCUGUAGUCCAGAAACUGUGUUGCCGUGAACCUGUUGUGGUCCUCAGAAGGUUCCAGCAGCCACCUGCUGCACGUGAUAAAGUAGGUCCAGUUUACCAAGAAGGAGGCAGUGAGCAGAUUGAGAGGAAGGAUGCUGGAUGCUGUUCACUGUAUUUUAUUACAAACUUUUUUUCAGCAGGUUUAGUGUUGUGUAGACUCUGUGUUGAGUUGUAGGUAUUUUUCUACUUGUUGUAUUUGUUUUAGGUCUCAAUGCAUAGAUAAUU